AUGCGAAGGAGACAACGACAUGUUAUACCGCUCAAAAAUUUGGAACGCAUUAAACAUAAAAAUGCGCUAAGAAAACAAUUUCAACUGGAAAAAGAACAGACAAUAGAACAAAAUCAAACUUCUACAGAUAAACAACAGCAACCGGAACAUAUGGAACUGCCUGCAUUCUCAGAAUCUUCUGAUACGGAUGAUGAGCAAGAAAAUAGUCUUCCUAAAUUAACUGAAGCAACAAUUCAUGUGCAACCAACAAAACAUAAAAGGACCCACUCCGACAGAUCCACGUCAAUGGAGACCGAUGGUUUUAAAUUGGCCAAGAAAACCAGACCUCUUGAUUUCAUGAAAAAUUGCAUUAAAUCACAAACAGUUAAAACUUCAAACAAAUUCCAACCCCUUUAUGGAGAAGACAUACAAGUGAUAGAAGAAAGUAAUGAUCAAUCCCAAAAUCGCUCACAACAAUCACAAAUCUCAAAUCAACAACAAGAACAACAACAUAAACAACAACAGAAACAGAAAGAACAAGCAAGUAAUAAAGAGGGAAAUCUUAAUAAAGGCAAACCACCUCCUAUUGUACUAAGCGGUAUUCUGGGGGAUAUAAAAAAUGUCAAAAAACACCUAGACGAAGUUAUCAAAGAAGGCUAUUAUAUAAAAUACACCAAAAAUAAUACCCUAAUCUUUAUAAAUAGCAUAUCAGAAUUCAAAAAAUUCUCAAAUGAAUUAAAAGAAAUUGAAAUUGAGUGGCAUACAUAUACGUUGUCGGAAGAUAAGCAGCAUGCCUUCGUGCUAAGAGGUCUGGAUUGCAAUCCUGAGCCAGAAGAAAUAAAAGAAGAACUCCAGGAAAUACAUCAAAUGACAAUUUACCAAGUAUAUAAAAUGAACACAAAAGGGAGACCCUUAUAUUUAAUAACAACAGACAAUAAAACAACCUUAAACUUUCUAAAUUCAAACAUAAAACAUAUCCUGAACACCAAAAUAACUUGGGAAAGAAGACAUAAUGAGAGAAAACUUAUCCAAUGUCGUCGCUGCCAAAGAUGGGGUCACGCAACUUCGAACUGUCAAAGAAAUCCAAAAUGUCUGAAAUGUGCUGCCGAUCACUGGACAAAAGACUGUUUAAAAACUCCUGAUACACCUGCUAAAUGUGCUAAUUGUCUAGAGGCACAUCCUUCAAGUUAUUCAAAAUGCCCCGAAUAUAUCAAAGUAUUAGAAGCAAUGGAAUCGAAAAAGCCAGUAUCUCUAAGACCGGCUCCUAUUCCUUCAGACAACCCAUGGAAAAUACGAAACACAGCCACAUCAAAUUACACAAAAUCAGUAGUUCAAGAACCUCCAAGAAUGGAAAACGACAACUUCCCACCUUUACCAUCGAAACAAAAUAAACCACGUGCCAGUAGCGGCUACACAGGUCUGACGGAUACAACUUCAGGCAUUGCAACAUUCACAGAUCUUUCUACCGAAUUCAAAAAGCUAAGUACACUAGUAAAUCUCAAUGGACUAUUGCAUGCUGUCAGAGAUUUAAAUAAUAUCAUGGCUAAAACCCCUGACGGGCCUGCAAAGUUCAUUGCGUUCACAAAUUUUAUUUCUUCCAUUGACCAAUAUAAUAUUUAA